CUUGGCAGUUCGCCGUCGACCAUUGGUGUCAGCUGCUACGUUCGUCAGAUGGUAAUGUGAAUCGUAGAAUAUCGCAUCGAUCACCGUACCGAAGAAAACGCAUCAAGAUGAGCGGAGGAAUGCCGGAGCUUGGCUCAAAGAUAAGUUUAAUAUCGAAGGCGGAUAUUCGUUACGAGGGUCGCCUAUUUACCGUAGAUCCCCAAGAAUGUACAAUCGCUCUUGCUAAUGUGCGUUCCUUUGGAACAGAAGACCGAGAAACUCAGCUACCCGUAGCUCCUCAAAAUCAGGUGUACGAAUAUAUCCUAUUUCGUGGUUCGGACAUAAAAGAUAUUAGAGUUGUAAACAAUGUUAACUCUAUACCAAAUGAUCCAGCUAUCGUCCAGAUGACUGUACAACCGUCGAUGGGACAGCAAUCUUAUCAACCGCAACCGACUUAUGCUCAUCCAAUGAUGGGUCAAAUGGGCCCUAUGGGCGGUCAAUAUGGAACUCCUUACGGUAUGACCAUGGGAGCUAUGGGACCAGUAAUGGGGAUGCCGACUACUGCCAGAGAUCCUCGCGGGCCACUGAAUAAACAGCCAAGUGAGUUGAGCUUGGGCCCUGCUGAACCCAAUGCCAUCUCUAUCCCAAACUCACUAUCGACGGCCAAUGUCGACCCAUUACCAAAAGACCAAUCUCUGGAAGAUGGUGUACUGGAUCUUAUUAGCGGAGGAUCGAGAUCAACAACGCCAACGUCUUCAUUAUUGACUAGAAAAAGUCCUACAAUAGAUCAGGGCAUACAAGUAGGACAUCAACAGCAGCAGCAACAACAACAACCGCAGCAACAGCAAAGUAGCCUUGGUAAACACGUCGAAAAGCCAAACAUUAGAACCGUUCAACCUCCACGCCGUGAUCACGAAGGACAUGUUGGAGGCAAGACGAGCAAUGCUAUGUCGCAAUAUAACGAUAUGAAGAGAGACGCCAUGAAAUCUGAUGGUCCGAUACAAGGACAAAGUGGACACCCCGGUGGUGGCAGAGGAAAUCGUGGUGGUUGGAUGAAUCGUGGAAAUAUACGUGGCCGAGGUAGAGGACGCGGUGGUUUUAGGGCCAAUCAACCUGGUAAUGCUGGAGCUAAAUCUAAAAACACGCUCAAAUUUGAUAACGAUUACGAUUUCGAGCAAGCUAAUACGGAAUUCGAGGAAUUAAGAUCUCAGUUGGCGAAGACCAAAAUCGACGGUGGUACGGAUAAUGAGAAGAAAGAUGAUAGCGGUAAUGAAACUGGAGCAGGCGAGGGAGAACCCGAGGAAGAACCGGAAGUCGUUCAUUAUGAUAAAUCGAAAUCAUUCUUCGAUAACAUUAGCUGCGAGGCUGUCGAGAGGAGUAAAGGACGAUUCCAGCGUACGGAUUGGAGGACAGAAAGGAAAUUGAACUCUGAGACGUUCGGCGUGGCUUCGACAAGACGUGGCGGUUUUCGCGGCCGUGGCUACUACAAUCGUGGAAUGGGAGGAAUGUACGGGAGAGGAGCUGGCAACAUCGGUACGUCCGGUUUUCGUGGUGGAUACAGAGGUACUCGAGGUGUCAAUCGCAAGCCCAAUCAACAACAGAAUAAUAAUCCUGGUAGUCAAGCUCGUGCGACCAACGAACAGUCUACCAAUCAGUCGCAGCAGAACAACCGUCUUGUAACUGGAACGGCGUAAAGCCUGGAAAAUGCCACACUACGAACAACGCGCUAUUAAGUAUAAGUAUUCUUUAGAUUAUAAGGCUUUUACGGUAUAUGCUCUGCCCAUACGAACUGAAAAUGAGUUUGGAAGAUUGGCAAUCUGAUGAAUUUUAAAAGAUUGUCGUUGAAGGAAAUGUCGCGAAGAAUCUCGCGCGUGGGACUCUGCUGGCGCACAGAACUCUCGCAUCUAGACUUUCUUUUGGUGUAGGGGAGACGUUUGCUCUAUGGGGAAGAAAUGUUCUUUUUUUUUUCUCUUUCCUCCCUAGCUUUGGAUAAUGAUCACGAUAUACGCGCGCACGUGCGCGUGCGCGCAUACACAGACACUUUCUCUCACACUCUCUCUCUCCCCCUGUCUGUCUCUCUCUCUCUCUCUCUCUCUCUGUCUCUCUCUUAUCGAGAAUCGUCCAUUGAUAAUCGUUUAUAUAAUCGAAUAUUCUUAUUGUUCGUGCGCGUUCUCGAGAGAAGAUCUUUGCGCUUUUAGUUUUUUCUUUUCUCCAACAGACAUCGGAGCGAAAAACAGAGACGUUACUUUUGAAUAUAAUCUUAUAAUAUAAUUCAUAUGAGGCGUUGAAAGCGCAGGCAGGUUUAUCGCAUUGAGAAGAAAUUGACGAAAAAUUAAAAGUUCUAGUUUAAAACUACUCGUUUAUAGUUUAUUCGAAACGCGAAUUUCUUUCUCUCUAUAGAACAUUUUUCCUACGAUUCUUUUACGGGGACGUUUCAAGUUGAAUAUUUUUCCCAUACGUUUCGUAUCGUAAUCAUUAUCACGUCUUUUCGUAUAAGUGUUUAGUAGAUCGAGAUAGGUCAAUAAAGAUGUGGCAGAGAAAAAAUAAAAUGAUAAAAAAAAAUUAUACUGGUAAUUAUAUUUGCAUUAGUUAUAAACACCGAUAGAAUAUACUCAGUUUCGGUGAUGUCUCGGAAUAAAAAUAUUCUUAUGAGAAAGAAAUCUUAUGAAAAAAAGGUAGACGCGCGUGUAAUGGCUAAUUUCUGAGCUAUGUUGCUUUGUAUUCGUUUGACGGAAGUAUCUUAAGUAUGGAGAGAAUAUAUGUAUAUAUAGUAUUUAUAAUUAUAUCAGUAAAUGGAUAUAAUUAUAUAUAUAUAUAUAUUCUAUGCACGUGUAUUUUCUCUAUAUCUUUUCGAAAGGUGUAAUAGAGAAACUGAGUAUAUUCGUUGGUACUUAUCAAUCGUAAAAGAAUGUGUGACGCUGAGAAUGGAGUUAUUACUAUAGCUAAAUUAUCGCGUGUUUUAUUUUUUGAAUACGCAGACGAAAUUUCGAGAUAACCGACUAGAAGUUUCUACAACAGAAGAAGGAGAAGAAAAAAAAAAUAAACAAACAAACAAUAUUUAGUUUUAAGCGAAUGGAAGAUUCUUUCGAAGGUAUAAAACUUACGAUAAUGCGUGUGAACUCUUUAAAAUGCAAAUAUGUAUAAUCGAUACUGUCCUAUGUACGAAAUCGUCAUCGAACGCGUUCGUAGACGAUCGUUGUUCACUUGAUAAAAGAAAAAAGAAAAACAAGAAUACGACGAAUUGUUUGUUCGUUGUACCGUGCGUAACAGAUCAAUAAGAAGAUGGCGAACUUUUAAGGGGAUGAUUAUAAAUUGAAAGUACAAGUCACAUUUAACAGUGAAGAGUGCACUAAUCGCAGCGAAGAGACCAAAACACGAAUCGCUCUGCAUGAAAAAUUAACUUUGGUGCAUAGGGUAAAGAUUCUUUCGACUUUGCGACUGUCGGUAAUUAGAAAAGUGGCCUAACAUUUAAUUUCUUAUCAUCUAUUUUGAGUUUCAUCGAUCUAUAUUAUAAAAACAGAAAAAAAUAAUAUUUCGGUAAAUAUAUGGCUUUGGUCUCUUUCAUAAUCAUCAUUUCACUCGACUCUUCCAUUUCAAAGCGGUGUGUUUGCAAAAAAAAAAAAAAAAGAAAAAAGAAAGAAAGAAACAAAACGAAACAGCAAGAAUUAAAAAUAUAACGACGCGAUAUUCGAGAAAGUACUUACAAUUAAAACGAACGAAAAAAAAAAAAAGAAUACUUUAUACUUGUAUGACGCACGUCGAGUCUGCUGCUGACCUUCUCAUUCGUAAAACUUCGUUGAGAGACUCCUCGAACGUAAAGAUUCAGAAUGAGAAGGAGAAAAAAGGAGGAGGAGGAUGAGCGAAAAUUAUCGAAGGUAUAGAAGAAGGAAAAUGAAUGUAACCUGUCGCCAGUAGACUAGAUGAUAUAUCGUCAUCAUUAAUUAACAGCAUGGAUUUAUUAUAUUUGUCGUGUGUAUGUGAACGGUUUGGGGGUAUUGCUAAGGAUAGAGUAAAGGUAGGUAACGUCGUUCUCCUUUUUUUUUUCUUUUUUGUUUUCUUCUUUUCGAUAGUUUUUACCGACAAAUUUUGCUCUUCUUUUUUCCUCGAUCUGGGUUACAUACAUUUUACAUGUUCAAUAUUUAAGAAUCAAGUGAAAUUCAUUAAUAUCUCAUUCGAUCGAAGAAACUUUGUGAAUCAUGUGUGUGUAUCAUAUAACUUCGUCUUUACGAUUUCGAAUACGCUCCGCGUUGUUUAUAUCCGCGCGACGAUGCUGCACUUUGAAUGGUCGUGAAACUAACAAAAAAUUAGAAAAAAAAGCUGGAUGAUAAAUGCCCCUUAGACGAGGAAAACGAGUAGGAGAAGGAGGAAGACAAGUCUGAAAAGAAGGAUAACGGUGUAAUAAUGCGGAAAAGGCAAAAAGUAUGUGUAUUAUUUGCGACUGUUAUUUUUCUAUGGCUCUUGCCGAGAUCCACGCAUAUAUACAAAUGUAUACAUAACGUAAGCCAAGAUUUAGUUAUACAUACGUGUGUGUGUGUGUGUAUGUAUGUAUGUAUAUGUAUAUGUAUAUGUAUAUGUAUAUGUAUAUGUAUAUAUAUAUGUAUAUAUAAAUAUAUAUAUAUAUAUGAUGAUAAUGAUGAUGAUGAUGAUGGUAAUGAUAACAUAUUGAUAAUGAUAAUAAUAAAAUAAUAAUAAUGAUGAUGAUGAUAACGAUAAAGAUGAUAAUAAAAAAAAAGUAAACCUUCAUAGUCUAUCGGCGAUGCGGCCAAACGAAGUAUAAAGAGAAUAAUAAAAACAGGAAAAACACAAAUCAUGUGUAUAAUAAACUUAGGCAGAUAAGAAGAAAAAAAGUAUGUUUUAAGUUUCUUGCAUUAUGCAUGGGGAAAAUAUUAUUACACGAUGUACGCGAUUUUCCAACGAUAAGUUUUUGUUUUGUACAGCGGAUAUUGUGAAUCCCGAUGCUAUGAAUAAUACUGAAAUGAUGAAAUAA